AUGGACUGUCGGAAUCACACUUGGCACAAGGCUCCAAGCAUGCGGGUGGUUCGAUGGUACCCUAAUGUGCGUGUUCUUGAUGGGAAAAUAUACAUAGCAGGAAGCGUUAAAGAUAGUCAGUCCUCAGAUUGGAUAGAGUGUUUCAAUACCAAAACCCAAAUAUGGGAGCAUGUGCCAUGCCCUAGUGCAAAAUUUAUACAAGAGAAUAAUUAUAUACACAAUAGCUUAGCGAUUGAUGGAAAGCUUUACCUCUUUGGGGUUAGGAGUACUGCGGUUUACAAGACCAAGGAAAACAGAUGGGAUGAAAUAGGGUCAACGGAGAUGGGUUUGAGUUGGGCUAGCAAUCCAUAUUAUUGCGUCAUAGAUAACAUAUGUUUCAUUUAUCAUUGGCUAUUAAAACGGCUCCAAUGGUACGAUAUUGAUAAAAGAUCUUGGAAAGAUCUAAAGGGUUUGGAGGAACUGACUAAAUUACUAAAAGAUUGUUACAAGAGUCGUCUUAGAUUAGAGAAUUACGGUGGGAAUAUAGCGGUUUUGUGGGAGAAGGAGGUGCAUGAAGAGAAGAUGAUUUGGUGUGCUGAGAUUGCCCUCGAAAAGCGCAAUGAACAUGAGAUUUAUGGUAAGGUUGAGUGGUGUAAUGUCGUGCUUCCCGUCCCCAUAACAUGUGAGCUUUUAGCAUCGUUUAUUGUUACUGUUUGA